UGGCAACUUAAAGUCGUUUCUCCGCACUCGCUGCACAGGUGCGGCCAGAGAGGAGGACGCGACGCGCGCUGGCGGCUCCACACGGGUAUUCGUGACGACUCAUCAUGUCUUCAUCAGAAAAGAACGCCGUGGUCUCGCCGGCCUGGGUGGACGAGAAAUUCGUAAAGGAAGCGCUCAGUGAAGCGGAGGGCAAGCAGGUAGCAGAGGUGUCGAGUUUGACGGUGGAGCCGGCGGUGAAGGCGGGGGCCAACUUCAUGAGCUCGCUGCUGCGGCUGUCGUGCGAGGUGCGGCUGGCCGGCGGCGGCGCGGCGGAGGCGCGCAGUCUGGUGCUGAAGGUGGGGCUGGGUGCGGGGCCCAUGGCCGACCUGGCCGAGGAGGGCCAGGUGUUCGAGCGCGAGGCGCGCGUCUACCGGGAGCUGCUGCCGCAGGCCGAGGAGGCGCUGCGGGCGGCGGAGGGGGGCGGCGGCGGCGAGUGGCGGCCGCUGGCGCCGCGCACCCUGGGGGCGGCGACCGGGGGCGGCGGCCGGCCCGCCUGGCUGCUGCUGGAGGACUUGCGCGCCAGCGGCUUCCGCACGCCGCAACCCGGCGCGGGGCUGGACCGCGCGCACUGCUCGCUGGGCCUGAGCGCUCUGGCGCGCCUCCACGCCGCCUCCGCGCGCCUGCUGGAGGACUCGCCCCCACUCCGGACGGACCCGCUGUUCUCGCGGUCGCCGCUGACGAGCCGCGAGGCGUGCGACCAGUUGGCCAGCAUCGUGCCGCGGCACGCGCUCGCCCUCUCCGCCGCCCUGGCCGCCAGCGGACGAAGCGCCCUGGCCGACAGGUACCAGGCUGCAGCGGAGCGCAUCGUGGGCCGCCUCAGGCAGCUGGACGGCGGCGGCCCGCCGGCGCUGCGGGUGUUGCUGCACGGCGACCUCUGGAAGAACAACUUCCUCUUCCGCUACUCGGGCCAGCAGCCCACCGACGUCCGGCUACUCGACUUCCAGAUGGUGAACACUGGAGCUCCAGCGAUAGACGUUGUGCACUUCCUGUACGCAAACGCCAGCGAAGAAACCCACCGCCAGCACCUGGAGCAGCUGGUGUCUGAGUACCACGGCACACUGCAGGCUACGCUGAAGGCGCUGGGGCUGCACCAGCAAGCUGACGCCUACCCCCUGCAGGAGCUCUGGAGGGACAUGGACCGCUGCGCUCCCAUCGCUCUCCACUGCGCGAUCCUCAUGGGCGUCAUACUCGGGGUGGAGGCCCACGGAGCCGACAUACAACAGAGCUACAGCAGCGAAGACAAGCAAGCUGAAAUACUCACCAAGGUGUACAGCAACCCCACAUACCUCAGUUGCAUCGAAUACUUGUCUCCUCACUUUCAGAAGCAGGGCGUGCUGUAAUUGACCGUAAACUCGGGUACAAAAUGUUUCUUCGACUGAGGUACAAGUAAUACUGAUGAAAAAUGUUUUGACCAUCGCGCCCAUUUGCCCAAAGACAAAUAAUAGUUCAGUAUUUUUGACUAUCCUAAAGAGUGAUUAAAUUUAAAUUGUAGUAUCUACCUUAUCUACAUCUUGCUUUACACCAUAAGAUGCAGUAUUGCACCACAAUGCAUCUUAAUUCUUGGAGGGCACCAUACCGUAAGAAAACUGAAAUUAAUGCGCAUACAGUGCAAUGUGUUGAUAAGUUCUGUGAGAAGAAAUGGGUACUGACUGCUCCAUUAGAUCACCUAACAAAGUUUAAAAGUUUCUUGUAAAAGAAAAUGCUAGCAUUCUGUCUAGUGUAUGCUGCAGGUAAGUCGUGUGUACAGAGCGUAUAGUUAAAUUAAAAUGUACAAUGGAAUUGAUUACGCAAUGGCAGUGAAAUGUUAAAGUUCAUCAGCUGCAUCAGUUACAAGAAUUACUGUAGCUACGUAAAUCAAGUACCAAUUUUUAUUGCCAUUAAUGUUUAAGAACACUUGAGCCCAGACUAAGUAAAUUUUGUGUUUUCAUUAAUUAUAAGAUUUACUAGUGUGCCACAUAUGUGACUACUCGACAUUUAUAGACUUUUCAAAAGAAUUUAAACUCUUUUCUGAAAAUAAACUGAUUUUUGAUUCAUA